AGCAGAAGACCAAUACCAUCUCAGAUAAAUGGCUGUCCAGUCUUUUCUUAAAAACCUCCAGUUAUGAAGCACCUACAACUUCUGAAGGCAAACUGCUCCAUUGGAUAAUUGGUUAAGAAAGGGAUUUUAGUCCAGGACAAACGUGCUCAUAUACAAGAUUAAGGUACCUCUCAUCUAGUUGGCAUAUCACAUGAACAUCAAAAUCAAGACAAUCAUUUAUCCCAUUUCGUUACUUUCCGUUCCCGAAAGAACAACGUGUUCUGUCUCUUAGUCUUCUGCAUUAAAAGGGAAUGAGCUGUGGUGAGAAGCCAAAUGGGAGAUGCUGGGAGAAAAAAGCCAUGGCCUGCUCCUAAGCUAAUUCAGUGCCUUUUGCGCAACUUUAGUGCUUGCAAAAUUGGGCAAAAGGUAUUGUUUUUUUACUGUAAUGAUAACAAGGUACAAACCCAUUACCCAAUCACAAAAGAAUGUUUACAUUGACUUAAAAAGUUUUACCUACAUUUCUAACAAGCAGUUUUGGAUAAUGAAGGAAGAAGUUCGGGAAGCGCUGCUCUAGUCCCAGGAACAGGGAAGGGUCCCCACCCCCACCCCCAGUAUUUUCAUUUCCCCCUUCUUCCAGCUUUUGGCGUCUGCAAGCACAGAUGGGGACCCCUCCCAAAUCUGAGAUGCAGAGAACUGGAGCUUUCCGCCGUCGUUGGUGCUGUCAUUAGAACCACCAGGCGGGAAGGGGCCUCCGAGGUCUUCUAGACCACCCCCUCGACCGGACGCGUGGCGGUUCCCAACCGGGUGGUGACCAAAAAGGCAACUCUCUAAAUAUGGCUACUGCCCAAAUCAUGCACAUCGGCCAGAAGCAUAAAACCUUGAAGGAAAUAGCCCUCUUUCCAAGCCGAAUUGCUUCUGAGCAAGAGUCCCUGGUUCUGGUGAAAAGGCUGCUUGCCGUUUCAAUUUCCUGCAUCAGUUACCUGCGAGGUCUCUUCCCAGAAAGCUCUUAUGGAACCUGCUAUUUAGAGGACAUAUGUUUAAAAAUCCUCCGAGAAGAUAAAAGUUGCCAGGGAUCUCUCCAGGUAGUCAAAUGGAUUCAGGGAUGUUUCGAUGCACUGGAAAAGAACUAUCUACAUAUGGCAGUUUUGGCAAUCUAUACUAAUCCCAAAGAGCCCGAGCGCUUGACAGAAUUCUAUCAGUUUAAAUUCAAAUACUCAAAGAAUGGACCUCAGAUGGACUUUGCUAGUUCUCAAGUCAGCUUUCACAAUGGAACAACUAGCGAUGAAAUUAAAAAAGCCAGCAUCCUAUUGAUCCGCAAAUUAUAUAUAUUGAUGCAGCAUCUUGGACCACUCCCUAAUGAUAUUACUUUGACCAUGAAAUUGUUCUAUUACAAAGAUGUCACGCCCAUUGAUUACCAGCCUCAUGGCUUCAAGGAAGGCGACAGCUCAGAUGGUCUGCUUUUUGAUGGUGAUCCCGUGAACCUCAAAGUAGGAUCUGUUUCCACUGGAUUCCACAUGUUGAAAGUAAGGGUGACAACAGACAGCAAAAGGAUGGGGAUGCUGGAGAACAAUCUGGUGGAAGAGAAUGGUCCCACUGAAAUAUCCCACCAAGGUUUAGAUUGUGAUGAUGAUGAAGAAGAAGAGGACAGCACUAAAGUACCAGAACAGAGGAAGUUUAUGGCUGCUUACAUGGAUAAAAACAGGAUGUUUGAAGAAAAUGCAGCGUCCCAGCACAUGCCCCCUUUGAAUGCAGAUGUAACAGAAACAAUCAGAAAGGAUGGAGCUGAAGAGGCAGAGAGAGAACGCGUCACUAAGACGUCUCACAAAGUCCAAGAAAAACGUUCUUCUAAAGACUCAGUGAAAACCAGAAUGGCAUGGCAAAUGGACUUUGCUUCCAGCCAAGAAAACACGGGCACGCCAAAGAAGAAGAAAAAGAAAGUCAGCACAACACUUGAUUUGAUUCUUGCCCCUCAAAAAUUAUGACAAUUUCGGAAGCCGUAGCUGUGGCUAUAAUGCACCUGGACAGUAGUUUCUGAUUUCUUACCUAUUUUGGGUAAAUUUCUAUAUUUAGGACAAUUUUGAGCCCAGUUGGAAUAGGGAAAAAGGGACUGCUAUUAGCCCAGCUGCCUUGAAGAUAUAUAAGCAAACUGAUUCUGCUAUUUACAAAAGUAUUUCCCAUCCUUGUCUUUGAUAAAAUUUCUGUCAGUGUAACAAGAAUAUAUCAACCUGUUGGUUAACACUUUAGAAGUUUAGAAGUACAGCUAAACUGUAAUACGGCGCCUUUGUGUCAUUGUGCUUCCCUGGAAAACAAAAUUUCAGAGAUGAUUGUUGUGGAUUAUUUUACAUGGAGGAGAAUGCAUUGGAGAUGCCUAUGUGUUCUGUGUGUUCCCCCAGUUUUCUCUUUAUUUUCAAAUAAAUGCAAAAGAACCAUAUGUAUAGCUCUCAUUUUUAACUGCAGAAUGGGUUUCAUUAAUAAUUGCAUUUCUUGGUGGUGUUACCCAGUAGGGUACAUGGAGCCAUCAGCUAUCAAAAAUAUCAGUGCUAAUUUAAAUAGCUAUCAGUACUUCUAAUUUGAUUAAGCUAAGCAAGAACCCAGAAAAAAAAGUCAUUUCCUCAUUUUGCAUGGCUAGACUUAUCUUGAAUCUCAUCUUAGUCAUUUCUAGAAAACAUUUCAUUUCCCUGUAAUGGUGUUUUUUUUAUUUCUAGGUACUCUUGCUUCUUUUCACCUUUUUUUGUUGGGGAGGGGGAGUUUCUCUUUCAUGUACUUUCAGUAUAUUUGUAAUGCAUACUGCUCCAUAGGGCCAAGCACACGAUAUUGUUGCAAAAUGUCCAGAGACUUUUGGUGCAAAACUUUGUGAUUUUUCCCUUCCUAUUUGUAAAUGAUGGAACUGAUCUUCUAGUGUGAGAGAUAAAAUCUAGCAGGAAAUGUUUGUCAGUUCUGGUUAAAAAAUGGUGAUAGCUUUAAAUGAUAGCUUUAAGUUAUUCACUAAAAACAGAUGUAAAUGGAUUGAUUGUAUCUAGCAGCACUUAUUUAUGUGAUUGAUGGCUGUUUUGUUUAUUAUAUUGAUAUCAACUCUGUAUCCUAACGCAGGCCAUGCCUAAAGUGCCUAUGGUUUCUUCUUGCAUCUUGUAAAGAGGGAUAUUGGGAUUUCUCUCAUACUACUGGAUACCCAUUUUGCAAAGUAAAGUGAAUAUAAACAAA